GCUGCAGCUCAGUUACACAGAGUAAAAGCGGAUCUGAUCGAGGCGCUCGGUGAUCCAUUGAUCGGGUCUGAUGCGAACAUGGCAGAUUCAAAGUAUCAUGUGUCAAUUCCUCAUUUGAACUCCUUGCUGCAAAUGGAUCCCUACCUUAAAUCCUUUGAGAAGGACUUCCAGAGGAGGUAUGGGCUGUUUGAAAAACAGCUCGCACUCCUCGAAGAGGCCGAAGGAGGCUUUGAUCAGUUCACAAGUAGCUAUAAGAGUUUCGGCAUACGGAGAAUGCCUGACAACAGCCUCAUCUUUAAGGAGUGGGCCCCGGCUGCUGAGGCCCUAUUUCUUACUGGAGACUUCAAUGGCUGGGACAAUUUCUCGCAUCCGUACCAGAAAAAGGAGUUUGGGAAAUGGGAACUGCGCAUACCGCCUAAACAGGACGGAACACCUGCUGUCAGUCACAGCUCCAAGCUGAAGGUGGUUGUUCACACCAGAGCAGGUGAGCGCCUGUACCGGAUCUCACCUUGGGCAAAGUAUGUGACCCAGCAUGAGAACUCCGUCAUCUACGAUUGGGUACAUUGGGACCCUCCUCAACCUUACAUUCACAAGCAUCCUCGCCCAGCGAAGCCCAGGAGCUUACGUAUCUAUGAGUCCCACGUUGGAAUCGCGUCUCCAGAGGGCAAAGUGGCAUCUUACAGCAACUUUACACACAAUGUGAUUCCUAAGAUCAAAGACCUUGGUUAUAACUGUAUUCAGCUGAUGGCCAUAAUGGAACAUGCGUAUUAUGGCAGCUUUGGUUACCAGGUCACGAGUUUCUUCGCUGCAUCAAGUCGUUACGGCACCCCGGAGGAACUAAAGGAGCUGAUUGACGUUGCUCACUCUCUUGGUAUCAUCGUCCUGCUGGAUGUGGUACACAGCCACGCAUCCAAUAACACAGAGGACGGCCUGAACAAGUUUGAUGGCUCAGAUUCCUGUUUCUUUCACAGCGGUCCCCGUGGAGUACACAGUCUCUGGGACAGCAGACUCUUCAACUACUCUAGCUGGGAGGUGUUGCGUUUCCUCCUGUCAAACCUGCGCUGGUGGAUGGAGGAAUACAGAUUUGAUGGGUUCAGAUUUGAUGGGGUGACGUCCAUGCUUUACCAUCAUCAUGGAAUCGGAGCAGGGUUUUCAGGAGAUUACACUGAAUACUUUGGACUUCAAGUAGAUGAAGAGUCGCUGGUCUACCUCAUGUUAGCAAAUCAUAUUGUACACAACCUAUAUCACGAUUGCAUCACAAUUGCAGAGGAAGUGUCCGGUAUGCCUGCUUUGUGUCGUCCGCUCAAGGAAGGAGGUCUCGGUUUUGACUAUCGCCUCGCCAUGGCCAUUCCAGACAAAUGGAUCCAGAUCCUGAAGGAAUUGAAGGAUGAAGAUUGGGACAUGGGAAACAUUGUGCACACCAUGACCAACAGGCGGUACGGAGAGAAAUGCAUAGCUUACGCCGAAAGCCACGACCAGGCUCUGGUGGGAGACAAGACGCUGGCCUUCUGGUUGAUGGACAAGGAGAUGUACACCAGCAUGAGCUCUCUGAUUCCAAUGAACCCUGUUAUUGAUCGGGGCAUUCAACUUCACAAGAUGAUCCGACUGCUAACCCACGGCUUGGGAGGGGAGGGCUACCUAAACUUUAUAGGUAAUGAGUUCGGCCAUCCGGAAUGGCUCGAUUUCCCGCGAGUCGGCAACAACGAGAGUUACCAUUACGCUCGCAGGCAGUUUAACCUGAUUGACACAGACCACCUGCGUUACAAGCAGCUCUACACCUUCGAUCGCGACAUGAACCGCACAGAGGACAAGUACGGCUGGCUGGCUGCGCCCCCGGCUCACGUCAGCGCCAAACACGAGGGAGACAAGGUGAUAGUCUUCGAGAGAGCUAACGUCAUCUUCGUCUUCAACUUCCACCCCACCAAAAGCUACAGCAGCUAUAGAAUCGCUGUGGGAUCAGCGGGAAAAUAUAAGAUCAAACUGGACUCGGAUGAAAUCCAGUAUGGAGGUCAUGGCAGAUUGGACCACAACACAGAGUUCUUCACGGAGCCGGUGGAAUUCAACGAUCGGCCCAACUCUAUGAUGGUUUACAUUCCCUGCAGAACCGCUAUUGUGCUGGCCAACGAGGAAAUCGAUUGCUGCGACUGAAACACAAUCAGCAAUUCGCCACGAGAUGGAAACCCAGCAACUUCUGUGACUCAGCCUACCUCCAUUCACACUGAGAUCACCCCCCCAUCCUUUAGAAAAAACACAGUUAAAUAUUGCAAAUCUCCACGAUGUUUCAGCAACUUUUCCCACAUGGCCAUUGCAUCAUUAUUGCUCACGCUAUACACAUUUAUUAUUAAUGAAACUUUAGCUUUAGCCCAGUCAAAAAUCCAGUCAUCAGACCCCAUACUUACUGUAAAGAAAGAGGAUUGGUUAAAUAAAACACAACAUAAUACUAACAGUUCAUCUCAAAGUAGAUUCCUAAAUAAAGACUAUGCAUUAAUAAGAAUUUGCUUAAUAAAAAUGAUAUUUUGCCCUGAUGAAUUACUACUGAAAAGUAAACACAGAGAUCGAAUGUAUUCUUUAAGUGUAAAUGUGGUACAACCUGUAAUGCAAAUGUAACUUUGCUUAUUAUUCAAAUUAAUGUCAGCAUUGUGUUAAAAUUACCUUACAAAAGUGUGAUCUACUGUUUAAUUUAAAUGUGACACAAGCACUUUUUGACUUUAAGACAGUCUCUAUACAUGUUAAAUCUUUGAGUUUUGGAUUUCACUUUAAGGACACAAGAGCGUUACAUUUAUAUAUUUUGAAUAGCCUACAUGUAAGCUCACUGUGAAUAAUUAUCACAUUUAAGUUCUACCUUUCUUGUUAGUGCCUUCACUUAUAAUCAAGUUUUCAUGAAUAUUAGCAUAAAAUAAUAUAAUCAGGCAUUCAUAUUCAGAAUCAAUCACACUGUCCAACAGCUUUUUACUGUCAACAUCUUUCUUUAGGGCAGACAGCUGUUAUUGUAUUUAUCGUGUUUGUGCAUUUUGUUUUUCCUUAUGAACAACAGCUUUGUUACCCCAAUAGAGACAUAUGGUCUAUGUAUGGAAAUACAUCAGCAUUAAUGUUAUCCUUCUAGUUGCUCUUCUCGUUUUAAGAUCCACCUGUUGCUCCUUCAGUCCUAUAAAGAGGAGCACCAUGCUCUGUGUUUUGUGUUUAGGAGACCUAACGUACCUCCAGAAAACCGGAUGCAUACACAGAAUUUCAGUAAGUAUCCCUGUAAUCUGCCCUACUCGCAAACAGCUUCCUAUUAAACAGAGCUUCAUCCUCAAUGCUCAUUCAGCACAGUUUUGUUAUACUUGGGCAAAGUAGGAGUUAUUUUCUAGAUUAAAGGUUACAAAGGAUUUAUUUUUUAGAAAAUGUAAUAAAAAACAAUUGCAAUGUCAGAAAUCAAGGUACAAAACUGGGGUGGUAUCAUUGAAGGUUCAUUUUUGACCUUUAUGGUAUACAAAGUAUUCAAAUGUUGCAUCUUUUGGGGUACAAUAUUAUAUCCUAAGGACCAAUUUUGUACCAGUUUAAGGUGUGGGGUACAAAACAUUGAACUGUACCUUUAAAGGUACAAAAAAGGUCAUAGGGUACAGUAAUAUAUCCAAAAUUGUUAAACAUUGAUUGUAUUGAAGGUAGUUUUAAAACUUUUUUCUGAUGUUAAAAGGUUCCCUGUGAUGAUCACCACAUGUGUUUGUGUGCAACGUUACAUUUCUGUCGUAGAGCAAUGUGUACUAACCAGAAAUAAAGUACUUCUACAAAACAACA